CCGCUCCCUUCCCGCCGGCGCGCGGCCGGGCGCAGCGCACUGUGGGAAGGAGGCGGUUCGUGUCCCCGCGGAGGGCGGCGGUGAAUCCUCCCGGCCGCUCACAGCAGUGUGGAGCCGCUUCCCCACCCUGCCCCUACCCCUCCUCCCCCCUUCCUUCCUCCCUCCCUCCCCCCCGUCCUCCUCCUCCUCCUCCACCCCACACACGCACACCCCUCCCCCCCCCCCGGCCCGCCGAUUUAAAGGGGCAGCGGCGUCAAUCUGCGGGACCAUGCCGAACUUCUGUGCGGCUCCCAACUGCACCCGCAAGAGCACCCAGUCCGACCUGGCCUUCUUCCGCUUCCCCCGGGACCCCGUCAGAUGUCAAAGAUGGGUAGAGAACUGUCGAAGGGCAGAUUUAGAAGAUAAAACUCCAGAUCAACUCAACAAGCAUUACAGAUUGUGUGCUAAACAUUUUGAGACUUCUAUGAUAUGUCGAAGCAGCCCUUACAGAACGGUUUUACGGGAUAAUGCUGUGCCAACUAUAUUUGAUCUUACGAGUCAUUUGAACAAUCCACACAGCAGACAUCGGAAAAGGAUAAAAGAGCUGAGUGAAGAUGAAAUAAGGACACUGAAGCAACAAAAGAUUGAUGAAGCUUUUGAGCGGGAACAGGCAACUCAAGAAUUGAAUGAAAGCAAUGAACAAAAUGCCGUCUCGGAGGAAGGAGGGGAAGAACAAGAGGAAGAAGCUGUUCCCUUAACACUGGAAGAAAGAGAAAACAAAGAUUACCUGAAAUCUUUGUUUGAAAUUUUGAUCCUAAUGGGUAAACAAAAUAUUCCUUUGGAUGGCCAUAGUGUUGAUGAGCUUCCAGAAGGUAUUUUUACUUCAGAUAACUUUCAGGCUCUGCUGGAAUAUAGAAUUAAUGCUGGGGAUGAAGUUCUGAGGAAACGAUUUGAGAUGACUGCAGUCAAUCUUGAGUAUUGUUCAAAAACUCAGCAGAAACAAAUGCUUGAGAUCUGUGAAAGCUGUGUUAGAGAAGAGACACUGAGGGAAGUGAGAGACUCGCACUUCUUUUCUAUUGUCACCGAUGAAGUAGUAGACAUAGCGGGAGAGGAGCAUUUGCCGGUGUUGGUGAGGUUUGUUGAUGAUUCUCAUAAUCUAAGAGAAGAAUUCAUAGGGUUUUUACCUUAUGAAGCUGAUCCUGAAAUCUUAGCUGUAAAGUUCCACACGACUAUUACUGAAAAGUGGGGACUAAACAUGGAGUACUGCCGCGGCCAAGCCUACAUCGUCUCCAGCGGGUUUGCUUCUAAAAUGAAAGUUGUGGCUACAAGACUCUUGGAAAAGUACCCACAAGCUGUGUACACGCUGUGUUCCUCUUGUGCCUUAAACGUUUGGCUGGCAAAAUCCGUUCCUGUCGUUGGCGUUUCCAUUGCGUUAGGAACAAUCGAAGAAGUUUACUGUCUUUUUAAUCAGUCUCCGCAAUUACUGUUAGAACUGGACAACACAAUUUCUGUUCUUUUUCAGAACAAUGAGGAGAAGGGUAAUGAGCUGAAGGAGAUCUGCCGUUCUCACUGGACAGGCAGGCACGAUACUUUUGAGGUUUUAGUGGACCUCAUGCAAGCGUUGGUACUGUGCUUGGAUGCGGUAAGCAGCGACUCAUCCAUCAGGUGGAACAACUUCAUUGCCGGCCGAGCGUUUGUACUUUCAAGUGCAUUAACAGAUUUUGACUUCAUUGUCACUAUUGUAAUUCUGAAAAAUGUCCUGUCUUUUACAAGAGCGUUUGGAAAAAAUCUCCAAGGACAAACAUCAGAUGUGUUCUUCGCGGCUAGCAGCUUAACAGCAGUGUUGCAUUCUCUGAAUGAAGUGAUGGAGAACAUUGAAGUUUACCAUGAAUUUUGGUUUGAGGAGGCAACAAAUUUGGCUACCAAACUGGAUGUACAAAUUAAACUCCCAGGGAAAUUUCGCAGGGCUCAACAAGGUAACUUGGACUCUGAAGUAACGUCAGAAAAUUACUACAAAGAAAUCCUUAGUGUCCCCACAGUGGAGCAUAUUAUUCAAGAAUUGAAAGAUAUAUUCUCAGAACAACAUUUAAAAGCUCUUAAGUGUUUAUCAUUGGUGCCCUCGGUCAUGGGGCAGCUGAAAUUCAAUACGUCUGAGGAGCAUCACGCUGACAUGUAUAAAAAUGACUUGCCUAAUCCAGACACACUUUCUGCUGAGCUUCAUUGUUGGAGAAUCAAGUGGAAGCACAGAGGAAAAGAUAUUGAACUUCCAGCUACUAUUUAUGAAGCACUUCACUUGCCUGACAUCAAGUUUUUCCCUAACGUUUACGCCUUGCUUAAAGUCUUGUGCAUACUUCCAGUGAUGAAGGUGGAGAAUGAAAAAUAUGAGAUAGGACGGAAGCGCUUAAAGGCGUACCUGAAAAACACCUUGAGAGAGCAAAGGUCAUGCAACCUGGCUUUGCUGAACAUAAACUUUGAUAUCAAACAUGACUUAGAUUUAAUGGUGGACACCUACAUUAAACUCUAUCCAGAUAAGGUGGAAUUUCAAGAAGACUUUAUUCCCUCAAACAACUCUGAAGUAACAGAAGACUCUUAAUUUUUUUUAAGCUCUAACCAAUCUGUUGAAACAGCUUUUUCUUAAUUACGUUCCAACGCUAAGAAAAAAAAACAACUGUGAAAUCUGUAACAUCACUGCAAUUGUAUUUCCAUUUUAGGUCUCGGGCUGAAGAAGCCACGGUCAGUGACCCAAAUUAUGUUUUGUUAGUCCGCAUUAAAUGUGUUAUGUGAACAAAACCAAGCCUGAAAAUAAGCCCGUGCUCUUGGCAGAGGUGCUUUUUGCAUCUGAUUGACUUAACUAGGUGCUCGUUUACUUUAUUGCAUCUUGGAAAAAGUUAUUGUGGUUGUAGAUCGGAUGGGGCUGUUACACACUUGCUUAUAAAUUAGUAUAAGAAAAAAACCAAUGUUAAAAAGAGCGUAUUCCAUUUCAGUUCUGUUACUUAGGAUUUUAUUCUUUUUGAAAACUUUUUAAAAAAGUCUUCGAUGGAUAUUUAAUUGGCGUUUUGGAGAGUGGAUUCAGCUGUUGCACGAUCCCCGUGCCGUGGACUGUUCUCGGUGUAAAGUGAAUGUUAGUGGUGUAGAGGUACGUUUGCGGUUUUGUUGGAGGAGUCAGCUGCUUUCAUCUCUGGAUGACUGUUUACAUUCCUUUGUGUGAGACACAAACCUUCUCUUUUUUUUCUUUAGGCUUUUAAGAGGCAUGGCAGGAGUAUUGAAAUUCCUAAAAGACACUAAUAACUUAGAACUUAUUCCACAAACUUUGAAAUCUGUUUGUUCUGUCAUGACUCUGACACAAACCCGUGCAUCUUCUUGUCUGUUUAUUUGUAAACUUACCCACGAAAGACUAAAAUAAGAGUUCGUUCUUUGUCUAGAAGUAAGAUGGAAAAUAUUGCUGUUAUUUUUGGCAAGAAUGAAACAUUUUUGUACAGUUUAUUGCAAUUUAAAAUAAAAUGUGAAUUGCUUUUUACAUAGUAUUGAAUUUCUUAGUAAAGCUGUGCCUCUUCGAGAAGGUGUGUUUUAUAAGGUACCUUCUUAGUUUUGGCAAUUUUUUUCUCCGUUGUUUUUGCAAUUCUAGUGAGUGGCGUUGUCUUAAGACACAGGAUACUUUGUGUAAAAGCACUUUUGAUCUGUAUGUUCUCCUGAAGGGUUGGUUUUUUAAAAUAUUUUGAGAUAGCGCUAAAUACACUGCUUUUAAUUGUCAAGUUCUGCCUAACUGAAACAGGUGGAAAUCAAAUUUGAAAUGGUUAAAAAGUUAAGUUUUGCAGCUAUCCUGAUGCAUGCCAGCUUUACAACUGAUUUACAGUUGUCCUUUUAUGUACUUCCCAGUUGCAGGGGGAAAAGCCCCCAGCAACAGAAAAUGGCUUGAUUGUACAGACUGUGACAAAUACAGUUCUUAAUGUUUCAUUGCAUUGAAACAUUAAGAAUAAAUGGGGGGGGGGGGGGGGGAAGCCUUUACUAAGUAAGUUUAGGUAUUAAAGUGGGUAUGUGCAUCUUAAGAAAUGCUUUCAGGAGCUUUUAUUUACAUUGGAGUAGUAAAAAUUGCUCAAAAAAGUAUUAUCUUCUCUUUCCACUGCUAUCUGUAUAUGCUUUCUGGCAUGCUUUCGUGUUAAUGCAAUUGUUGCCUCGAUCAGUAAAGUGUUUUAGCUAAUAGAUUGCUCUGUUCCUCUUAAUAUAUGAAAAUAGCCCACAUCUAUGUUAAUGCUAUUAAAAAAAAAAAGGCAUUUUUUCAUUAGAAGCUGUAUGGAAAAUUGUCUUUUUUUUAAAGAAGAUCUCAGUUACAAUUUUAAUAAAAUAAAUAAAUAAAUGAAUCUUUCCCAUCCUGGGAAUGUCUGUGAGUUCCCCAGCUAAAGACAGCACCGCAAGGUGGUCGUGACCUCUGAGCUUGUGAGCCCCGUGUCGGUAACGUCAGGUGCUUGAUUAAUUGUUAUCGAUAAAGGCGGGGUGAGCCCAGGCUUACGGCCAUGACUGGGGAAGGAAGCUCGGUACCCAGUGCCAUACAAUUGGCCAAAAGAGCUGAAGGCUGCCUUCCAACUGUGUAAAUGAGAUCUUUUUGACCGAUGUGCUGAGGGAAAUUGAAGAAGGGAGAUGCAGUAAAACACCCUUUUAGCCACUGAAGUGUCCUCUGGAGCUCGGCUGAGACAUACAGUUGUGACUGGUGUUGCUAAUUAGCUGCCUCCAAGAGCCUUGACUGCUUGGUGGGCUUGGUCGUUGUGCAGCCAUUCACAGAGGUGCUUAGAUUGUCUGUAAUCGGGCAGAAGCUCCUUAUUUAGCCUGUGAGAGUUGUCCUGUUGGUGAGGAAUGCCUCAUUCUUCAGGCACGUCAGGGCAUCACUUAAGAACCUGUAGUCUGAUUAGCGACGGCUUGGUGGGGUGCGGAGGAAUAGCAGAUUGCAGUGGUUGGUACCCCUUUUCCUGAAGAGAUUUGUGUGGAGGAAAACCGUUUACUGAGACUGAAGCGGUUCCUAUCUUAUUUCUGGGGGUGCAGAGAAGGGAUGGAACUGAAGUGGAAUCUGGUAAUACAAUUUUAAAGCAAACACUAUUGCUGGAGCAGGUCAGAGACUGACAGAAGUAUCUGAAAAUGGGACAAAUAAUCACCCAAGAUAAAUUUUGAUUACUCUUCUUUUUUU